GGUAACUCUUAACUCCUGCAACCUUCCACGGCGGAUCGGAUCCAUCGCUCAACCAUCCAACAUUCCCAGAGCCCCGAAAUAACGCGACAAUAUGGCAGCAAUUGAGAGCUUUGACAACAUCCAUUUGGACUUAUCCCGAGAACAUGGCAAGUGCAGGUUCGCCGAGAACGGCUUGGGGUGGAAGCCCGUAGGCGGCGGCGAUCCCUUCACCCUCGACUCUAGCAACAUUGGUGGCGCACAGUGGAGCAGAGCGGCUCGAGGUUACGAGGUGAAAAUCCUGCAGCGAAAUUCGGGGGUCCUUCAGCUGGACGGCUUCCAACAAGAGGACUACGAACGCCUUAGCAAGAUAUUUAAGAACUGGUACAGCGCCACUCUUGAAAACAAGGAACACUCGCUGCGCGGUUGGAAUUGGGGCAAGGCCGAGUUUGGCAAGGCCGAGAUCUCGUUCAACGUGCAAAACCGGCCCGCUUUCGAAAUCCCGUACUCGGAGAUAUCCAACACCAACCUUGCGGGUCGCAACGAAAUCGCGGUGGAGUUUUCUGUCGCUGACGCGGGCAAGUCGAACGGUCAAAAUGGCGCCACACCAGGGAAGGGCAAGAAGGCAGCGGCCGGGAGAGACCAGCUCACGGAGAUGAGGUUCUACAUCCCCGGCACAACAACUCGGAAAGAAGCCGAAGGCAGCAAUGCUGGGAGCGGUGUGGACGAGGAGGAAAAGAGCGCCGUCACGCUCUUCUACGAUACUCUCAUUGAGAAGGCGGAGAUUGGGGAGACGGCGGGCGAUACGAUUGCCACCUUCCUCGAUGUCCUGCAUCUCACACCAAGAGGUCGGUUUGACAUCGACAUGUACGACGCCUCUUUCCGCCUGCGUGGCAAAACGUACGACUACAAGAUCCAGUACGAGGCUAUCAAGAAGUUCAUGGUCCUCCCGAAACCCGAUGAUACCCACUUCAUGCUGUGUAUCGGGCUGGACCCACCCCUUCGGCAGGGCCAAACGCGGUAUCCAUUCCUCAUCAUGCAGUUCAAGCAGGAUGAGGAAGUUACCCUGGAUCUCAACCUCGCAGAGGAGGAGCUCAACGGCAAAUACAAGGACAAGCUGCAGCCCCAUUACGAACAGCCCCUGCACCAGGUUGUCGCGUAUAUCUUCAAGGGCCUGGCCAACAAGAAAAUCACUGCGCCGGCGAAGGACUUCACAACACACCGCCAGCAAUACGGCAUCAAGUGCUCGAUCAAGGCGAGCGAGGGUUUCCUGUACUGCUUGGAGAAGGCCUUCAUGUUUGUGCCGAAGCCCGCCACCUACAUCUCGUACGACCAGACGCAAUCCAUCACAUUCUCCCGCGUUAGCGGGGCCGUCUCAGCUCUGUCAACUUUCGACAUCACGGUGCACAUGAAGUCCGGCGCCGGGUCCUCGCAAUUCAGCAACAUUAAUCGGGAGGAUCUCAAGGCUCUAGAAGACUUCUUCAAGCUCAAGGGCCUGCGUGUUAAGAACGAGAUCGACGAGGAAACGACGCUCAUGGCCGCGGCCCUUAGAGACGAGGCCAUGGCCAGCUCGGACGAGGAGGUUGUCGGGGCCAAGGCGGACCGUGGCUCGGCGGACGAGGACGAAGAGAGCGUGGAUGAGGACUUCCGCUCUCAGUCCGAGAGUGACGUUGCCGAGGAGUACGACAGCAACCACGAGAGCGACGGCUCCGGCAGCGCCGAGAGCGAUGUUGACAACCAGGUCGAGGACGAUGAAGACGAGGAUAUGGACGACGACGACGAUGAGGAGGAGCGUCCAAAGAAGAAGAAGAAGACCGGUUAGGAGGCAGUUAGGGAUGGUAUCGCAGCCAAGUUCCGGCGAGUGGCAAGGCGGCCAUCCUCUGGCAACGCCGGCUCGGUUCGGGUUGAGUGAAGUUUACGGUAUGGCGUUUGGGAUGGGAAAUCAGCAGCAUGAGGUACCAUGCAGUGUUUUGAGUGCAUAAAAUGUUCCUUGGGGUAGGUAGCGAUGUACGAAUCAGGGGAAGCAUCGAGUUUCGGCCUGUGUCAUACGGUAAACGGCUCAUUGCAGCCGGGCACGUGCUUGAGAAGGGUGCAACAUUUCUACCAAGUACAUCUGCUUAUUGCUGAUAUAUUAUAAUUACGGACAGAUAGGUAGCUUCUGUCCAGGUUAUUUUACAGACUUUCCGAUUUCUUUCCCCUUCCUUCUAUCUUUUCCUUCCUCAUUCGUCCCAAAAUCUGAGAUCGAGUUUCUUAUCGGAAUGUCGGCCGUUGCUU